AUGGCUGCAGUAAUGACAGUUUCCGAGAGCAAGGACCUCAAAGGUCUCGAGCAGCUCAUCUCCGCGCAUUCCCACAUUCGAGGUCUCGGCGUCGAUGCCGCCACACUCGAGCCGCGGGCCUCGUCGCAGGGCCUCGUUGGCCAGGAGAAAGCUAGGAGGUCAAUGGCAGUUGUGCUUCAGAUGAUCAAGCAGGGCUCCAUCGCGGGUCGCGCAGUGCUUCUUGCCGGUCCUCCCAGCACAGGAAAGACUGCUCUGGCCAUGGGCCUUUCCCAGGCCCUCGGCUCCGACGUGCCCUUUACCAGCCUCGCCUCGACCGAAAUUUUCUCCCUCGAAAUGUCAAAGACCGAAGCUCUCACACAAGCGUUCCGCAAAUCCAUCGGCGUCCGGAUCAAGGAGGAAACCGAGAUUAUGGAGGGCGAGGUUGUCGAGAUCCAGAUCGAUCGUUCCGUUACGGGCGGUGCCAAGCAGGGCAAGCUGACUAUCAAGACUACGGAUAUGGAGGCCGUUUACGAUAUGGGCACAAAGAUGAUUGACGCCAUGACAAAGGAGCGCGUCGUUGCCGGAGACAUCAUCUCGAUUGAGAAGGCUUCGGGCAGGAUCGUGAAGCUUGGCCGGUCAUAUGCCCGCUCGCGCGAGUAUGACGCGAUGGGUGCGGAUACCAAGUUCAUGCAGUGCCCUGACGGCGAACUUCAGAAGCGCAAGGAGGUUGUCCACACCGUUACGCUUCACGAGAUUGAUGUCAUCAAUUCGCGCACGCAGGGAUACCUCGCUCUCUUCUCCGGCGACACUGGCGAGAUUCGCAGCGAGAUUCGAGACCAGAUCAACACCAAGGUUGGCGAGUGGAAGGAAGAGGGCAAGGCCGAAAUUGUUCCCGGUGUCUUGUUCAUCGACGAGGUCCAUAUGCUCGAUAUCGAAUGCUUCUCUUACAUCAACAGGGCUCUCGAGGACGAUCUCGCGCCCGUGAGCCCCCACGGCCUCCCUCUCGAUUUCCUCGACAGGACCCAGAUCAUCCAAACCCACCCCUAUGGGGCCGAGGAGAUCAAGCAGAUCGUCAACAUCCGCGCCCAGGAAGAAGAGGACACCGGGCUCCGCUACGCCAUCAACCUCAUCAUGACAUCCCAACUCAUCAGCGCCAAGCGCAAGAACAAGCAGGUUCAGGUCGAUGACGUACGGCGAAGCUACCAGCUCUUCUACGACCCCGAGCGAAGCGUCAAGUUCGUCUCCGAGUCCGAGAAGAGGCUGAUUGAAACGAUGGCGCCGUCGACUUCUCCACCAAGGCGGCGAACGGAGGCGCGGCUUCCGGCAACGGCGAGACGAUGGAUCUAA